UACAACAACCCACGUGACUCGGAGGGCUGCCCAAGUCACGUGAUAUUUCUAACCUGCGACGCAAAAUAAAAGCGCCCAUCGGUAAGAAGAUAAAACAGAGUGUCUUUAUCGCUGCCUAAAAACAAACCAAACAACUUAAUAUGUACCCAAGUCUUUUACCCUACAUUUCAUUACAUUUACGUUUUUUUCUUGAUAACGUAUACUUUACAACGCCAGUGCACCCAAGACAUUUAAUAAAAACACAUGUAGACAUAUUUAAUACAGUAAAUUAUUAAGGCCACCUAUAUAUGCGACGAAGAUAGUGGAAGGUCCUAAUCUCAAUCUGAGAACAUUGGUCAACACGACAUGGACUCGAAAUCGCGGAGGAGGUCCAGGUCGGUGUCCCGGGAUCGGAACCAGACCUGGGACCGGCACGGGUCCAGGAGGAGCCGCUCACAGGAGCGGAAGAAACGACGAGAGCGGAGCCGGUCCGGGUCCAGACACCGACCCGGAACGGGGUUAGGAAGCAGAGCCGCGAGAAGGCAGGUUCGUUCCCGUUCGGGUUCCGCUGGUUUGAGGAGGUCCACGUCCCGUUCGGUUUCAAGGAGACGGUCCGGAUCUAGUUCUGCGAGGAAGUCGCGGUCCAGUUCCCGGUCUCGAUCUAGAGACGCUCUCAGGAGAAGCAGAUCCAAAUCAAGAGACAGUCCAGCUAAACGCUCCCAAUCUCGGUCCAGUUCGAGUGUGCGUUCCGGGUCCCAAUCCGAUUCUGAUUCAGGGAAGAGCGAGGGAAGCCGUUCCUGGAGACGGGAGCGAAAGAAAGCCUCUCCGGCCCGAGAAAGACGCCGAUCUGGAUCUGGAGACAGACGGCAUAAGAGGAAAGCGAGAAAGCACAGAAGUGAGAAGAAGAGAGAGACCAGGAGCCGUCGGUCUGGGAGCUCAGACUCCGAGAGAGAGAACCGGAGGAGAGAGGGAAGGGAGAAGGAGAGAGGGGAGAGGGAGAGAGAGAACAGUGAGAGGCUGAGGAAAGAAACAGAAAGCAGAGAGAAGGAGCGAGAGGGAAGGGAGAAGGAGAAGAGGGAGAGAGAGAGCAGUGAGAGGCUGAGGAAAGAAACAGAAAGCAGAGAGAGGGAGAAGAGGGAGAGAGAGAGCAUUGAGAGGCUGAGGAAAGAAACAGAAAGCAGAGAGAGGGAGAAGAGGGAGAGAGAGAGCAUUGAGAGGCUGAGGAAAGAAACAGAAAGCAGAGAGAAGGAGCGAGAGGGAAGGGAGAGGGAGAAGAGGGAGAGAGAGAACAUCGAGAGGCUGAGGAAAGAAACAGAAAGCAGGGAGAGAGAGAGAAAGGAGAGGGAGAGCCACAAGCAGAAGAACCGCAAGAGGGAGGAGAAGAGAGAUGGAGAGAGGAGUGUGAGAGAGAGUCCAAAAAGACAGAAGAGAGGGAGGAAGGAAAGGGGGAGCAGUGACAGCAGCGAGAGAGAAAGCCUGGAGAGGAAGGAAGCCGGGAGAGGUGACAGCAGUGACAGGGAGAGAGGGAGGAGGGAAGCAGGGAGAGGUGACAGCAGCGACAGGGAGAGAGGGAGGAGGGAAGCGGGGAGAGGUGACAGCAGCGACAGGGAGAGAGGGAGGAGGGAAGCGGGGAGAGGUGACAGCAGUGACAGGGAGAGAGGGAGGAAGGAAAGUGGGAGCAGUGACAGCAGCGAGAGGGAGAAAGAACACUCGGAGAGGGGGAGGAAGAAGAAGAAGAGAGGAGGAGGCAGGAGCUCUCCGUCUGGGUCCUCGGUUACGUCGGGCUCCUCUGACUCCCAGUCUCGCAGCCCCGGGGGCGGCAGCAGCAGCAGCAGUGACGGCAGCAGCAGCAGGGGGCGGCAGCAGAGAAAGCAGGAGGCCAGAGCCAAGGACCCUCGCUCGGUUCGGCUGGAGCGCCACGCUCGGGAGGACAUACUGAAAGCGAUGGAGACGCCCGAGGAGAAACGCGCCCGCCGCCUGGCCAAGAAGGAGGCCAAGGAGCGCAAGAAGAGGGAGAAGAUGGGCUGGAGCGAGGAGUACAUGGGCUACACCAACGCAGACAACCCCUUCGGAGACAACAACCUGCUGGGCACCUUCAAGUGGCAGAAGGCUCUGGAGCUCAAGGGGAUCGGGCACCUGGGGGAGAAGGACCUGAAGGAACGGAACAAGCGCAUCCAGGAGGAAAACCGCCGGGAGCUGCAGAAAGUGAAGCAGCUGCGUCUGGAGCGUGAGCGCGAGAAGGCCAUGCGGGAACAGGAACUGGAAAUGCUGCAGCGUGAGAAGGAGGCGGAGCAUUUCAAGACAUGGGCGGAGCAAGAGGACAACUUCCACCUCCACCAGGCCAAGCUGCGCUCGAAGAUCCGGAUCCGGGACGGCCGGGCCAAGCCCAUCGACCUGCUGGCCAAGUACAUCAGCGCGGAGGACGAUGACCUGGCUGUGGAGAUGCACGAGCCGUACACCUUCCUCAACGGGCUGACCGUCUACGACAUGGACGACCUGCUGGAGGACAUCAAGGUGUACAUGGAGCUGGAGCAGGGGAAGAACGGGGAUUUCUGGAGGGACAUGACCAUCAUCACAGAGGACGAGAUCAGCAAGCUGCGCAAGCUGGAGGCAUCGGGCAGGGGGCCUGGGGACCGUCGGGAGGGCAUCAACACCUCGGUCAGCACCGACGUUCAGACCGUCUUCAAGGGAAAGACCUACAACCAGCUGCAGGCUCUGCACCAGAACAUCGAGGGCAAGAUCCGCGGCGGCGGCUCCAAUCUGGACAUCGGAUACUGGGAGUCCCUGAUGCAGCAGGUCAAGGUCUACAUGGCCCGGGCGAGGCUGCGGGAGAGGCACCAGGACGUGCUGAGGCAGAAGCUGUACAAGCUGAAGCAGGAGCAGGGGGUGGAGAGCGAGCCCCUGUUCCCCAUCGUGAAGCAGGAGCCCCAUUCCCCACAGUCACAGUCCUGCAGUGACGGGGAAUCGGCAGAGGUGCCAGGCACCUCCUCUUCCACCAGAGGGCAGGAAGGAGAGGGGGCUGGGGGAGAGGGACCGAGCGAGGGGCAGGGAGAGAACCAGCAGGAGGGACAGGGAGAGAAUCAGGAGGAGAAGCAGGACGAGGGACAGGGAGAGAACCAGGAGGAGAAGCCGGCUGAGGGGCAGGGAGAGGCUGUGCUCACAGAGGAGGACCUGAUCCAGCAGAGUCUAGAUGACUAUGACUCCGGGCGCUACAGCCCGAGUCUCCUGCAGAACUCGGACCUGCCCCUCGACACGCACCUGGUGGAGCCCGAAGAGGACCUGACCAGGCUGCAGGUGGCCCGCAACCAGAUGCAUGUCACAGGCGAUGCCAGCGAGAGCGCGGAGGAUGCGUUUGUGCGCAGGGCGCGGCAGGGCAUGGGCGGAGACGAGGCCCAGUUCAGCGUGGAGAUGCCCCUGACGGGGAAGGUGUACCUGUGGGCCGACAAGUACCGGCCCCGCAAGCCGCGCUUCUUCAACCGGGUCCACACGGGCUUCGAGUGGAACAAGUACAACCAGACCCACUACGACUUCGACAACCCGCCGCCCAAGAUCGUGCAGGGCUACAAGUUCAACAUCUUCUACCCCGACCUGAUUGACAAGCGCUCCACGCCGCAGUACUUCCUGGAGCCCUCCCAGGACAACCGCGACUUCGGGGUGCUGCGCUUCCACGCGGGGCCCCCCUACGAGGACAUCGCGUUCAAGAUCGUCAACCGCGAGUGGGAGUACUCGCACCGCCACGGAUUCCGCUGUCAGUUUGCCAACGGGAUCUUCCAGCUCUGGUUCCACUUCAAGAGGUACCGCUACAGGAGAUAGACGGGGGCGUCUGCGUGGACUCCGCGAGGGAACUGCUGGGGUUUUGUGGGGGGUGAGAGGGGGUAGAUAUUCACAUUUCAUCCACGGUUGUUGCUGACUUCUGAUUUAACUCAGGAUCUGAAGCAGUGAUUUGAUGUUCUUUUGCAUUAGAAACUGAUGCCAUCUCAGAAUAGAGAAUCACGCUUUUCAUAUUGUGAUCUGUCUGAUCAGAUGUAAGGCUGUACAGUUUUUUUCAGAGCAUUAUUGGACUUUUUUUUUUAUUAAUAAAAAUAACUAAAUAAUCUUUGUUUUGUCACACCGUCUUGUGAAUUACAUGACAUUUAAAACUCCUCAAAGCAGAGUUUAGAUCCCUGAACUAGUUUUUGGUAACAGAUUAUUCUGAAUUUGUAAUAUAAUUAAGUUUCUAGUCACAGGAUCCAUGAAUGAUAUUUAAUGUUACUAGAAAGCAGAAAGCUGAUUUAAAAUAACAAGAGUAAAACUACUUGCUUAUAAGUACAGCAUGGUAUAGAAUUGUAUACAAGGGCUCCACCUACUGGAUUGACUUGAAAUAGCGUUUGAAGAGCAACCCAGAUUGUACUGUUGCUACCCGUGGAAACGUGUGCAGUACAGAAACACAAGUGUCACAUUUCAUUCUGAAACCCUUUUAUGUCCUCCUUGUUUAUUGUACAUUAAAUGCCUUAAAUGAUGCACCCAGAAGAGACACACAAAUCAUGUAUUAGAUAUUUAACCAGCAGGAUCUCAUUAAUUAUGUAUUUCCUGGUCCUCCAGCAUCUUGCAUUAAAGGAUUCCUACACCGCGAUCCUUUGAA